AUUUUGUUUGUAGAAGAAAAGAAAAGACAAGUUUUAAACCCUGAAUUGAGGUUUUCAGUUCUACGGCGAGAAAUUUCAGGGACUCACUGCGCCAAGUCGCUCGCCAUCUUCUCCUUCCUUCCGCUCCGCCAUUUGGGUUUCUGAAAACAAGCUGUUUCGGUAGCUCUUUUCUACGUGGUGGGCAGGGCCUAGGUGGUUAUGGUUUCUGUUGGUUCGAGAGCUCUAACAUCGAGGAGACAUAGAACCUUUGUCUCAGCUGAAGACCACUUAAUGGGUGAAGAUAAAUUAGCACGUAAUAGUGGGAGAAAGAAAAACGCCAUGAACAGGAAGGCUGAGCGUGGAGGUCAUGGCUUUGAUGGGAAUAACACCCACAAGAACGCUUCUGGGAGGAUGGAUGGCGGAACCUUGAACUCCAACAAAAAGUUCUCCAAUAACAAAAGUACGUCCACACCACAAAGUUCACUCAUUAGGAAACAAGUUGAUCCUGAAACAACAAAAUACUUCACCGAGAUUUCCAAUUUAUUUGAAAGUGAAAAUGUUGACUUUGAAGAACGAUCGGUAAUUUGUGGUAAUGCUCUAGAGGAAGCUGCGGGGAAAGAGUUUGAACUUGCUACUGAUUAUAUCAUAAGUCACACUAUGCAAAGCCUUCUUGAAGGCUGUAACGUUAAUGACCUUUGUAAUUUCCUCCAUGGUUGUGCCAAUCAAUUUCCAUUUAUUGCAAUGGAUAGAUCUGGCUCACAUGUUGCUGAAACAGCAAUCAAGUCUUUAGCUAUGCACCUACAAGAUGAAGAUGUAUAUCCUCUGGUCGAAGAUGCUUUAACAGUGAUAUGUAAGGAAAUUGUAGCAAACUCUCUAGAUGUGAUGUGUAACUGUCAUGGUUCACAUGUUCUUCGAAGUCUUCUUCAUCUUUGUAAAGGAGUACCUCUAGAGUCUUCAGAAUUUCAUACCAGAAAGUCAUCAACAACGCUAGCAGAGCGGCUGAAUGUCAAGGCACCUCGUUUUAAUGGAGAUCAUGGGUUUCAUAUUGAGGGAGGCUUCCCAGAAUUACUGAAGCUGCUUAUCUCUGGGAUGCUGAAAGGUGUAAGAAAGGAUGUCAGGAUCCUGCAAGUAGAUCAAUACGGAAGUUUGGUUAUUCAGACUAUUCUGAAGUUGUUGGUGGGGCAAGAUGACGAGCUGAGGCAUAUAAUUCCCACCCUCCUUGGUUGUAGUGAGAAAGAUGUCGCGGAGGGAAGUUAUGUACAAAUAUCAGCUGUUCCAGAUGUUGUGGAUUUGAUGAAAGAGACUGCAUUUAGCCAUUUAAUGGAGGUGAUUUUGGAAGUGGCUCCAGAAAAUCUGUUCGAUGAACUUGUCACAAAAGUAUUCCGGAAUUCAUUGUUUGAGUUGUCAUCGCAUCCCUGUGGAAAUUUUGCUGUCCAAGCACUAAUUUCUCACAUAAAAUAUAAAGAUCAAAUGGAGUUGGUAUGGUCCGAGAUUGGAACAAAGGUCAGAGAUCUUCUUGAAAUGGGAAGAUCAGGAGUCGUUGCUUCACUAAUUGCUACUAGUCAGAGGCUUCAAACACAUGAACAGAAGUGUUGCGAGGCUCUGGUUCGUGCUGUAUGUUCAACUGAUGAAUCUCCAAAAUGUAUUGUUCCUCGAAUAUUGUUUAUCGACAGAUAUUUCUUUUGUGAAGAUAAAGCCAAAUGGGGAUUUCCUAGUGGAGUAAAAAUGCAUGUCAUGGGUUCUCUAAUUCUGCAGGCAGUUUUUCGAUAUCGAACAGCACUGAUUCAACCUUACAUUACAAGUAUCACAUCAAUGGAAGACAAUCAUGUUCUUGAAGUAGCAAAAGACUCCAGUGGAUCUCGUGUUAUUGAAGCUUUUUUAAAUUCUGACGCCCCUGCAAAACUGAAACGCAGAUUAAUUAUGAAGCUACGAGGACAUUUUGGAGAGCUUUCAAUGCAGUCAUCAAGUUCCUUUACAGUCGAAAAGUGCUAUAAUUCCAGUAACUUGUCUCUACGCGAGGCCAUUGUAUCUGAGUUGGUAGUUUUACGAAGCGAUCUCUCCAAAACGAAGCAAGGACCUCAUCUCUUGAGAAAGUUAGAUGUUGAAGGGUUUGCAUCCCGACCGGACCAGUGGAGAUCAAAACAAGCAUCGAGGGAAUCAGCUUACAAAGAAUUUCAUGAUACAUUUGGGUCUGGCAAGUCCAAAUCACUGAGUAUUGAGGGCUUCCGAGCUGAGAAUUCGAAGCAUAGGUCACAUCCAAAGGACGUGAAGACAACGCGGCAAGAGAUUGAGCACCAAACAAUUUCUGGCAAACCCUUUCUAUCAAUGGCUGGCUUUAAGGGCAAGUCAGAAAAAGGUAAGCACGGUGGUAAAUUACAUUCAAGAUCUUCCAUGGAUAUUGAUAUCUCAGAAGGGAAAACGAAAACUUCCAAAAGGAAACGGAAUAAGGAUCAGUUUGAGAACACUGUGGCGGGAAAAAGGAAACGGAAAAUGUAGCUUGGAACCGGAAAUAGUCCUUGUACUUGUACCCUGUAGCAGUCAGCACAAAAGCAUUGCCUGGCAAAAAAAUCUUCAAAGCUAAGCUAUAGAAAUUGCAGUAAGUUGUAGCUUAAGAGUUUUCACCAGGAUCAUCUAAUCUUAGCUACAAUUUUUUUGGAGUUGUAGCAUAAACUUUGAUGGGAAUAUAGAGGAAAUGCCUUUCUAUUUUUAGUGGGGCGGGAGAAGAUAUUAUGAUGGAGCAUAUACCAUGCAAGAUCUUCAGAGUAAUCAAAGAAAUAUGAGAGGUCAGUAAUCAAUUUUUUUUUUCCAAGAAAAGAUUGAUCUUCAUGUCGGAUGAUACUUAAACUUUAUUUGCUAAAUUCACUGUCCAAGAUUAUGUUGUCGGAGGACUUGGAUGUUUAUGCCUUUUAUUCACAAAAGACGAGGACGUCGUGCAUUGUGUGGAAGAAGAGAUGAUCAAGUAACGUAUCAUCGUCCUCUGUUUAAUUUUAUUUUCAAUUUCUCAUUGUUUCGUCAAUUAUGCAACUUUUUUUCAUCUUUACAUUAAUGUCUCCCAACCCAACUCCAUUACAAAAUCAUCCUUUCACUGAGUAUUUGCAAGUUUCUAGAGAUUUUCUGAUGUCUAUUUGGCCUUCAAAUGUAUUAAAAAAAAAGUAGUAUAUAUUUUCGAUGAUGACACUUAGUCUUUCUCAACUUCGGGUAGAAAAGGAAAUUUACUA